UCCUGAGGUAAGAUAAGUGACCCCUAUGGGCUCCUUGUCUGAAUAUUAACCCCUAACAUAUUGACAGUAUUUGUUAGAUGACCACAUUGUCUCCCACUGUUACUUUCUAUUUCUCUUUUUCUUCUUUGUUUUUCCUCCUAUCAUGUAAUUUAACACUGCAGAUAAAUAAGUAAAAGUUUGUAUUUGCUGUAAGGCUUUUAUUGUAGCUUCAAAACCAAGGUUUUCUCACUGGUGGUGACAGGCAGGCACCAAAAUGCAGCAGAUUGUGCUACAAAAGAUGCUUCGGGUCAGGCCUCGAGGAGGUAAGAAAUAUGUUCAUGUUUGUGGGGGGACACUCAUUCACAAGAGCUGGAUUCUCACUGCCGCCCAUUGCUUUCAGAAGGGGAAGGCAGAAGACGCAGCAAACUGGAGGAUUGUUGUUGGCAAGCAUAACCUCAAUCGUACAGAAGCUACAGAAAAGGUUUACUCUGUAAAGCGCAUAUACAGACAUGAACGCUUUAGCUACCCUCAGCUUAAUGAUCUGGAUUAUGACAUUGCUUUGGUCAAGCCAGCAGAGGACAUAAUAACAACACAUUUCAUACACUAUGCCUGUCUUCCAAAAAAAGAAAUGGCUAUGCAUCCUGGGCACUUCUGCUGGGUGACUGGAUGGGGAGAUACCAGAGGUGGUCAAGGAAAUGUAACACUUUCAGAAGUUCUUAACCAAGCCAGGCUACCAAUCAUCGACACAAAGACAUGCAGGCAUAAGAAAUUCUGGGGAGACAGAAUUCGUGAAUCAAUGAUAUGCGCUGGUUUUCGUAAUGUUGGAGGUCCUCCUGCUGCUUGUCAGGGAGAUUCUGGUGGCCCACUUGUUUGCCAAGAUGGUAGAGGCAGAUGGGAAGUGCACGGAAUAGUCAGUUUUGGCCCUGUUGGUUGCACGGUGGAGAAUAAACCAAGUGUUUUCACAAAAACUUCCACAUAUAUUCCUUGGAUCGAAGCCACAAGGAUCCGUGAUCUUUUCUUGCAAUAAAGAAAAAAAAAGGAGAAACGCAAGCGUAGCAUCUGUCGAUAUCUUGGAUUGGAAAAAUAAUCAGUGCUUAUUUUUUGCAGCAGGACAAUAGGUUCAUGACAGUGCAUACUUUGUGGUUACAUCAUUCACAUAUGUGACACAGCACACUAAGUUACAGAGCAGAAACUACUGUUUUUCUGAUUGCAGGUAAAAUGAGUAAUAGCAGUGAGUAACAGAAAUUGCAGCAUAAAGUAUAGAAAACCUCUCUUGAAUACUUUGCCCAACCCAUAUGAAAUGUAGAGAUCUCAAAAAAAUAUGUGGUAUAUGAAGUGCAUAUAAGUUUUAACAUCAAACAUACAAGUGCUCAAAAAUUAGCAUAAAGGUAAUGUGCAAAGUUCAAUUUUGGGAGCCAUUUGGUAUGUUUUUACUGGCAAUUUCCCCACAUUUCAAAUAUAACUCAGCUACAGCUGACACAGAUAGGGUGAUGGGAUAAAGUAUACUGUACAUGAUGAGAGAAACAGUGACACUAGAAAUCAGAAACCUACUUUAUCAUCUGGGGCUGUGCAUAAGGGGAAUAUUUGGAGUUUUACAAAAGUGAAUAAGAUCAUGUAAUGAAGAAGCCUAACAGUUCUUCCACUUGUACACAUGUGAUGGCUUCCCUGCAUGCCAGAUCCCGGGCUGCCUGUUGGGCAUAAAUGACACCGCAUUCAUCUAGUCUUAUUAUUGUACUUAACAAUGAUGCAUGAAUUCAGGAUUUUAAAUAAAGUGCGAUGUAGUUAAUAACUGAGACCUCGAAUUCCAAUCUGUUACACUAUGGUCUGAUUCCAUAAACUUCAUCUCAAAUAAAAAAUGCCCAAAAACAUGUAUAAUAUAAUAAGUUUGUAUCUAUUUUACUACUGCAUAAAAUGCCUGCACUAGAUUCAGUGUACUAAAGUUUACCGUCCCACCAUAAGGGAUAAUUUACUAUCUAAGUCUUAUCUAAUGCAGGAAUGAUAUGUAGCAAUGAAAAUGUGUUAAUGGUGAUGUGCACUACUAUUAAAAAAUGAUAGUUUCUAUAAUUUGGUCAAAUUAGCAGCACUCCAAAUAAAUGUGCAUUUAAAUU